AUGGGUAAAGAAAAAACUCACGUUAACGUUGUCGUCAUUGGUCACGUCGAUUCUGGAAAGUCCACAACAACCGGACAUCUUAUUUACAAGUGCGGGGGUAUUGACAAACGUACAAUAGAGAAGUUCGAGAAAGAAGCUGCAGAACUUGGAAAAGGAUCAUUUAAAUAUGCCUGGGUUUUGGAUAAACUAAAAGCAGAACGUGAGCGUGGUAUCACCAUCGAUAUCGCUCUCUGGAAGUUCGAAACUCCAAAAUAUUAUGUCACUGUCAUUGAUGCUCCGGGACAUCGUGAUUUUAUCAAAAACAUGAUUACUGGUACUUCUCAGGCCGAUUGUGCUAUUUUAAUUAUUGCUGCCGGUACUGGUGAAUUUGAAGCUGGUAUUUCCAAAGACGGUCAAACUCGUGAACAUGCUCUUUUGGCUUAUACUCUUGGUGUAAAACAACUUAUUGUUGCUGUUAACAAGAUGGAUACAACUCAGUGGUCAGAAGAACGUUUCAACGAAAUCGUUAAAGAAGUUUCCGGCUUUAUCAAACGUGUUGGUUAUAAUCCAAAAACUGUUGCUUUCGUCCCAAUAUCCGGCUGGCACGGCGAUAACAUGUUGGAAGAAUCCUCAAAUAUGACCUGGUUUAAAGGAUGGGAAAAGGAAAUCAAAGGGGGUAAAACUAAAGGAAAGACACUCUUGGAAGCUAUCGAUUCUAUUGAACCUCCAAGUCGACCUACCGAUAAACCUCUUCGUCUUCCACUUCAAGACGUUUACAAAAUUGGUGGUAUCGGUACCGUUCCAGUAGGUCGUGUCGAAACUGGUGUUAUCAAGGCCGGUAUGGUUGUAACAUUCGCACCCGUCGGUCUCACCACUGAAGUAAAAUCAGUUGAAAUGCAUCACGAACAAUUAGUUGAAGGAUUACCUGGUGACAACGUCGGUUUUAAUGUCAAGAACGUGUCAGUCAAAGAAAUUCGUCGAGGGUAUGUCUGCUCCGAUUCUAAGAACGAUCCUGCUAAGGAAGCUGCUUCCUUCCAAGCUCAGGUCAUCGUUCUUAAUCAUCCUGGUCAGAUCGGUGCCGGUUAUGCCCCUGUAUUGGAUUGCCAUACCGCUCAUAUUGCUUGUAAAUUCGCCGAAUUGCAAGAAAAAAUUGAUCGUCGUUCCGGCAAAAAGCUCGAAGACAACCCCAAAUUCGUCAAAUCCGGCGAUGCAGCUAUUGUUAAAAUGAUUCCCUCCAAACCCAUGUGUGUUGAAGCUUUCUCUGAAUAUCCUCCUUUAGGUCGUUUUGCCGUAAGAGAUAUGAGACAAACUGUCGCUGUCGGUGUUAUCAAGGGUGUUGAAAAGGUUGACAAGUCGGGUAAGACCACCAAAGCAGCCGUCAAAGCAUCUAAGAAAAAAGCUGUCAACUUGAAUGUAUUGCGUCGUCAUGACCAAAAUAUUGUUGAAAUAGUUGAUAGUUCAAGUCAUGUGGUAGUAUAUAAAUUUGACCAUGAGCAAGGUGCCUGGACGAAAAAAGGUGUAGAAGGCACGUUGUUUGUGUUCAAAAGAUGCGAACAACCUGUGUAUGGAUUUAUAGUGAUGAAUCGGCUGGGUAUCGAUAACUUCAUGGCACCACUAACAGACAGCAUGGAGCUAGAAUUCAAAGACGAAUAUAUUAUUUAUCAUACAGACGAUGUAUUGCUUUGGAUGGUAGAUAAUAUCCAUGGCAUUUGGGUAUUUGAAACAAAAGAUCGGGAACGAAUAGGAAAAAGAUUGUGGGAAUGUCGCGAAUUAUCAAAAACUGUUGUCACCCCGCCACAAUUACCCUUACAAUCAUCCUCUCACUACUCCUCAAAUCUUCCGACCCUUCCCCAACGAACAUCUUAUGGAAGGCAAAUCGAUCUUGAUGACCUUCUCCAACAACAAGAAAUAAAACAAACUACUACUUCGAUUGACAGUAGAAGUUCAACACCGGCUCAUCAUGAAAUCCAAUCGCAUGAUAACGCGAGGAAAGAUAUAUUGGGGGAAUUAUUUCAAAAAGCAAGCAUUGUUGAACUCACGAGACCUAUUCCACCUCUCGCGAACCCGGCAUCCAUUACGACUGAUAACAAUAAUAAACCUUUAGAUGGAAAAUUACUUUUAGAUAUGAUUCGUCCACCUCAUAGCAAACCUAGUACCACUUCAAACGUAUAUCCUCAUAUCUCACAUACACCACCAAGAUCAUUAUCCGUUAAUGAAACGAGAUCAUCUCAAUUCUCUUCCGCGAGUAACGCAUUAAUCAAUAAUAUAAACACGCCUAUAUCCAUCAUUCCAGAAAAUAGCGUGACAACUUCAAAUGUUUUAUUUGGAACGGAUAAUCCUCAGUUGCCACGAAAAUAUGCGCUGGACGCUUCCAUCGCUUCCCUCCGAAUGAUUACCGAGGGAAGUAACCAUAAAAGAAUAUUGACAAAAUCAGAAUUUAUACAACAAUAUUUACAACUAAUUGAGUCUGAUCCAUCUUUUAUGGACAUUCUUUAUCAGAACUAUGUGGUCAAAGCUCAAAAUAUGUGA